AUGACAAGUUUAUUUAUAAAUCGAGAAAAAGAUUUAGAGGAGUUUACCACCAUCUAUAAUUAUCAUGUUGGAACUGAUUUUCAGUAUGCUUUACCAACUUUGAUUAUCUUCAGAGUCAUCGAAAAUCUGUGGUACUAUGAAAGUAUUCACCACUUGGAAGCUAAGAAACAAUUGUUAAACUAUCGAUGGCUACUCUCACUCUCUUUGAUUUCAAAAGAGUUUUUCAAACUGACUAGUUCUCUAUUCAAUAGAAUCAUAUGUACAGAGACAAAAAAAGUGAUUCAAAGUGUAAAACAAUUCAAGAACGUUGUGAUUUCACCUCACUCUGUACUAAAGACAAUCAACCAUUUCACAAUAGACUUGAAGAUCUUUAAGGAAUUCAUAAACAUAGCAAAUUGUAGCGCAGUGGAGCUGUCAUUGAUUUUUAACGAACUUCUAAAGCUAAAGAUACUAAACAAACAUAACCAGCAUUUCCAACUUCAGUACUCUCAAGCUAUAGUUCAAUACAUGGUGAAUCUUGAAUCACUUUCACUGGAAUCGAUUGUGAUUGACAACUCCAAAGUGCUGGAAACAUUGAAUGAAAUGAAAAGCCUGACAUCUCUGAACUUUAGAUAUUCCAAAUUCGCAAAGUUUGAAUUCAAUGCUCAUCUCAUUUCGAUUUCCAUCCGAAAGUUGAAGCUACCUCAAUCCGAUUCUUACUUUAAUUACUCCAAAGAGCUGUUGCAGUUGAAUCACUUGACAUCGAUCGGUCUUGGAUCGUUUGAUAAAAGAGUGUUAGAGUUAAUCAUUGGCAAGUUCAAUAACCUAACAAGUAUUUCAUUUUUACACCCACGUAUAGAUGAAAUUGAAAUCGCUGAACUCUAUGAGUGUCUAUUGUGCUCUCAAGACUGUAGGAUUCAACAUCUAACUGUUGACAAAGCUUCGAAAUGGGUGAAAAAGCUACUGUCAAAUAAUGAAUCGAUUGAAACUCUAGACUUGAAAUCGAUAUUCUCUAGUACCUAUAGGAUUUCAAAAUAUUGCUCUACCAUCAAGAAACUUCUCUAUAAAAGAGACCCAUUUAGCAACGACAAAGAUUAUGAAGCUACCGACAAGAAACCUACAGGAUAUGUAUUAGUCAAAAUUAAACGAAACGCAAACACCUUUACCGACACUAGAUAUGCCAAGAAAUUCUACAACAUCAAAGAUUUCAAUAAUCAAAGUGCACUUCAUUUUGAAUCAAACUAUGCAAAUCAAAUGUUUUUAUAUGCAAAGAAAUCUACCUUUUUAAUUAAUUAA